AUGCGUCCACCAAUGAAAAAAAUCAAUUACAAUGUUAGAGACAAAGUGGAAGUAUGCAGUAGAGAAGAAGGGUUUGUGGGUUCGUACUACAACGCUACAAUUGUUUCGUGUCUUGAGAAACAAAAAUAUGUCGUCCGUUACAAGAAUUUGUUGUUAGACGAUGGGUCCGGACCUCUCACGGAAACGAUUUAUUCAAGGGAGCUUCGUCCAUUACCACCACGCGUUCGUAAUCCACAUGAAUUUCAUCUCAACCAAAAAGUGGAUGUUUUUGAUAACGAUGGUUGGUGGUUAGGAGAAAUUGCUAGUGAAAAAAUCUGCUCAGAUAAUUGUUAUUACUAUAAGGUGUAUUUCAAUACUACCUUUGAGACAAUUUAUUAUUCUCUUGAUCGAAUUAGGGUUCAUCAUGAGUGGCGUUAUGGAGAGUGGAUAUUGGAAGCAUAA